CAUCUUGUCUCGUCUCGUGAACUCAAUCUCGAGUCUCGUCUCGUCUCGUGAGAUACUGGUCUCGUCACACCCCUAUUGGUUAGUAAUAGUUCAGUUGUGUUUGAACAUGAAAAUCCGGUUUGAUGACCCAUGAAAAAAGAAGUGAAAACCAAGAUCCCAGAAUCCCUAACAGUGUUCAUGUCACUGAAACUUCAUCCAUUGCUGACAGCUGCAGCAUGUUGUGACCCAAAUUAGUGGUCUUUAAAAAGAGUUGCUUCAGCAGAGUAGCAGUUUUUGUAUGGUGUGAGUUGUUAUUUAUAUUGUUUAUUUACAUUAUCUUUGUUUAUUCAUGUUCUUUAUGUAUUUAAGUUUAGAAACCAGUCUGAUGCACCUGUGGAAUGACCAAUAUGUUGUUGCAGUGGUAAAAAUAAAACAUCUAGGGUUAUGAAUAUAACCCCAGUUCCCUUAGAGGGAAUGAUACGCUCCAUCAAGAUGGUAUGGGAACGCCCCCUUGCGUGACCAGUGUCUGAAGCCUGCAUGGAAGCAUGCAAAUUAAUUGGCAGAUGGCAGUCCUAUGCAGUACCUGUGAGUUUAAAACGGUGCCUGCAUUAGACAUCAUCAGCUUUUUUGUCUGAAGGAGAUGUGCAGGCAUGCCUGAAGCAUGGAAGUGGGACGCAGCGUCUCGUUCCCUCUCAGGGAGCCUUGGUUAUGUUCAUAACCCUAGACUUUCCCUUUCAAGAAAACACAACACUGCGUCAAGAUGCUAUAGGAAUGUUAAUUCCCACUUUGCCAUGCUGAUCAAGUGCCUGCUUCACUAAGAUGUGAAGAUAUGCACAAUCAGAGUGAACUAGCACCAAUAACUUACACCGGAAUCAUUAAAUGCAUAUAAGUCCAUUAGGCACAUCAUUAUGACAUGAAACAAUGCCCUUAAUUCCUAGAAGAGCUAGUGGCCCAGCUAGUGAAUUCCCAAAGCUCAGUGCUCCUGGGGGAGUGGAGCUUACCAGGCAAAUCCCGUAAAUGGAUGAGAUAUGGAAUUGCUUACCACAACUCUACACAUCCUCAAUCCGUUACUACCUCUUAGCACUAAGAACUGCAUUAACAGCAACUCAUUUCCAGGGGAGCAUGUAACCCUACUUUAACACCCAAUGAUGUUUGGGAAGGGCCAAGAUCUAUACCUUUGUCACAUCGGCUAAUGGUUACCUAUUCCCACAGCUCUAGCAAGGAGGACAAAGAGUGGGCCGCCAUAGCACGAUUCUCUGUAGGCUAGAAAAGCCUAUAGUUCUAGCAAGGAGCAUGUCUACUUCCGGCUAGAGCGCUGAGUGUGAGGACAGAGGGUGGCCGAUUAUGACCACUUUCUUAUACUCUAUCAUCCCGUUAUUCCUUGCUACCUGUAGAAACAUGUUACAUAGUUCCAGAACUGUGUCCACGCCAUCAACUCCAAGUCCAAACUGGAGGGGCGACAGAUGAGUAGUGGGGGUAUUUGCCCAGUCUUUCUAAUCCAUACAAGCCUAAGGUAUAUAAAUCCUUCCCUCAAACUCCAAGUGCCCACAUUAUCACCUCCAGGUCCAAACUGGAGGGGCAACCGAUGAGGAGUGGGGGUAUUUGCCCAGUCUUCCUAAUCUAUACAAGCCUAAGAUAUAUAAACCCUUCCCUCAAAUUUCAAGUGCCCACAUUAUCACCUCCAGGUCCAAACGUGAGGGGUGACAGAUGAGGAGUGGGAGUAUUUGCCUAGUUUUCUAAUCUAUACAAGCUAAGGUAUAUAAACACUUCCCUCAAACUCCAAGUGCCCACAUUAUCACCUCCAGGUCCAAACUGGAGGGGCAACCGAUGUGGAGUGGGGGUAUUUGCCCAGUCUUCCUAAUCUAUACAAGCCUAAGGAAUAUAAACGCUUCCCUCAAACUCCAAGUGCCUGAAUGAUCACAUCCAGGACCAAACUGGAGGGGCGACAGAUGAGGAGUGGGACAUCCGUGGUGGUAUUGCCUUACAGGAGAGGCGAAUGACAUUCACCUAUGUUGCUCUUAGCUGAUCAGAACUGCCGUGCUGCACCAGCAAACACAAAGUACAACCCAGGAGAUGCAGACGAGUCAAUUCUAAUCUCUCAAGAAAAAGAAUCCUAGAUCUCUCCUUGCGUUUCAUCACAGUUGAAUGCAUUCAGCUCCCUCAAGAGUCAAGCAUGCUCAGUACACUUGUAUUGGCAAGGCAGGAGCCUUCAAAGAGAAUACAGCAUGGGGAGAGAUAGCUCGCAAGCAACUCUCAACGUGGAGCAUUUGCUUAUCUCUGCUUGCACAGCUUCUCACCACACAAACCGUUUGACUGUGUGGGAGACGCUACACAAGCCGACACACACCAUUCCGUGAUUUUGACAUAUCAAUGUGGAAAUACAGGAGAAAUGAAGGCUCACAGAAUUGUACAGUAUGCAGGGAGGGGAGGAGGCGGUUUAAUUAUAAUGUCCAUCUCAACUCUCUCCACAUCUAGUUCCUCAGAACUAGACGUCCUCUGCUCUCAAGCUCACAUUGACAGGCACUCCAUAUGACGUCAUAGGACUGCCGUCUGCCAAUUAAUUGGAGUGUUUCCAUGCAGGCUUCAGACACCAGUCACACAAGGGUCACCAGUCCCAUUGCGUCUUGACGCAGCAUUGAGUUCCCUUGAAAGGGAUCUUUAGAUGUUGCUUUAAGGAACUAAAGGACAGAUGGAAAAAGACAGAUUUAAGGCACUUCUUUCACUAUCAUUUAUUGUCACUGUUAUUGGCGUGCUGUUUUUUGUGAACAUGGACAGUCCUUCACAUUACAUAAACAUGCCUCCAACAAUAAGAGCUUCUCCAACAAAUAAUACAUUCAAAAUCUCAGAGGCUUCAAAUCCGAUAACACCCAUCAUAGGCUCAAAGCAUUUCAUGGUGUCUGCAUUUGUCGACCACAGACUGGACGGGGUCAUUCGAGUCAUCAGCAUAAUCAACAGAAAUAGUCUUCAGCCACUUUACUGUGUUUACUGCAACACUGAAUAUGACUGUAGAACUGUUCAGGCAGAUGUUCAGAUACACAGUGACCACUUUAGCUUCCCGUAUGGUGCCUCAGAUAUAAUCUGUAAAGGUAAGCACAUGCAAAAUGCAACACAUGUCCUCAUAACAACUGAAAAGAAAGAAUCAUUCGAUCUCAAGAUGGAGUAUCUGCCAGUACAAAAUAAGGUGGUAAGAGAGACUUUCAAGUUUGACAUCACUAUUUGCAUCUCCAGCCUUUUUGGCGACUACAACAAUGUACUACAGUUUACUCAAACUAUGGAGAUGUACAAGCUUCUAGGUGUCCAGCACGUGGUUAUAUAUAAAACCAAAUGUGGACCAGACCUGGAAAAGAUUUUAAAACAUUAUGAAAUAGAGGGGAUACUGGAGAUUGUUUCAUGGCCUAUCGACAAGUUUCUGAACCCAUCCUCAGGCUGGAACAUCAAGAAACACAAGGGCGAUCUCCAUUAUUACGGUCAGUUAGUAACACUCAACGAGUGCAUUUACAGGCACAUGUAUCAAUCCAGGUACGUUCUCCUGAAUGAUUUUGACGAGAUCAUCAUGCCAUACAAACACAGCAAUUUACCAUCUCUUAUGGAGGAUCUCCAGUCUGCUCAUCCCAGUGUAGGGGUCUUCCGCAUAGAGAACCACAUAUUCCCUAAAACACAGUUUGAGGACAGUGGGAAGUUCAAACGAGCAGAAUGGAGUAAUAUUCCUGGUGUAAAUAUCAUGGAGCACAUUUACAGAGAACCUGAUCGAAAGAACAUUUACAAUCCCACAAAGAUGAUUAUCAACCCAAGAAAGGUGCAGCAAACAUCAGUACAUUCCACUUUGAAAUACUAUGGAGAUACUUACCGUGUACCUUUUGAUGUAUGUAGGAUUGUUCAUGUGAGAGUCCCACUGCAGGGGCAUCUUACCAAAGACAAACUGUUUGUAGACAAAAGAGUCUGGGACUUUGCGCAAAAACUGAUACCGAACAUUGACCAGACGUUGAAACUUACUGGUUUCCUGAAUGUCUCCAGCUGAAAUGUUUGUAUUAAUUUAAAUAAAGCCUAAACUGUA